CCGCGAGGAGGCGCUCGGACUACAGCUCCCGUCCGACCCUGCGCUUAAAGGUGCCGCACGGGCGCGCGGUGACCGGCGCAGGGUGAGCGAGGCGGGAGAGGCCGUUACCAAGGACGGGGCUCCGUGGCGCCUCCCGUCAGCGGCCGCCGCCCCUUUAUCUCGGCGCUCGACGCGUCGCCGUCCCGGCCUUGCCGCGCUUCCCUGGCUGCUGCCGGCCUCUCUCCCUUCGUCAGGGAGAGGUACCGGCAGGCGCCGCCCGGAAGCCGGCCCGUGAGGAGAGGCGGCGGCGCAGGGAGCCGCUCUCCGCCUGCCAUCACUCUCAGCAUGGUAUAUGUACUGGAGAUGCAGAAACCAUGUAGCAGAAAGCUUUAAGUAGUUGUGGAUUAUCAGUUUCUCCCAACAGCAAUAAAAAGUGAAGAAUGAAGGCGACUGGAUUUAUUUCCCUAUGGACGUUGGUUUCACUGCCUUGUGGCCACUUAGCAAAUCCUGCAGAACAUGAAGAUGUAGUAAAGCAUGCAAUAAAGCUGCACCGUGGGAAAGGAGCUGUUAUCACUCAGAGAAAGCAGUGGGUGUUGGAGAGCUGCAGAAAACUGUCUGGUCUUCUUCGCCAAAAGAAUGUUGUUCUCAACAAACUAAAAAGUGCUAUAAGAGCAGUUGAGAAGGAUGCAGGACUGUCAGAUGAAGAGAAACUUUUCCAGGUGCAUACCUUUGAAAUUUUCCAAAAGGAGCUAAAUGAAAGUGAAAAUUCAGUCUUUCAAGCCAUCCACGGCCUCCAGAGAGCUCUACAGGGUGAUUACAAAGAUGUUGUAAAUAUGAAAGAAAGCAGUAGACAGAGACUGGAAGCCUUGAGAGAAGCUGCAAUUAAGGAAGAAAUGGAAUAUGUUGAACUCUUGGCAGCAGAAAAACAUCAGGUUGAAGCCCUUAAGAAUAUGCAGCAUCAAAACAAAAGCCUGUCAAUCCUUGAUGAAAUUCUAGAAGAUGUCAGGAAGGCAGCUGAUAGAUUGGAAGAAGAAAUAGAAGAGCAUGCCUUUGAUGACAACAAAUCUGUGAGAGGUGUUAACUUUGAAGCUGUUUUAAGGGUGGAAGAAGAUGAAGCCAACUCCAAAAGAAAUGCUUCAAAAAGAGAAGUAGAGGAUGACUUAGGUCUUAGUAUGCUUAUUGAUUCCCAGAACAAUCAGUAUAUCCUUACCAAGCCCAGAGAUUCAACCAUUCCUCGUGCUGAUCAUCAUUUCAUAAAGGAUAUUGUGACAAUAGGGAUGUUGUCCUUGCCAUGUGGCUGGCUGUGCACAACAAUAGGAUUGCCAACCAUGUUUGGGUAUAUCAUCUGUGGAGUACUCUUAGGACCAUCAGGGCUAAACAGUAUCAAGUCUAUUGUACAGGUGGAAACGUUAGGAGAGUUUGGUGUAUUCUUCACUCUCUUCCUAGUUGGUCUGGAAUUUUCUCCUGAAAGAUUGAGAAAGGUAUGGAAAAUAUCUGUGCAAGGACCCUGCUACAUGACAGUUCUGAUGAUUGCCUUUGGUUUACUAUGGGGACACUUGCUCCAAAUCAGACCAACACAAAGUGUCUUCAUUUCCACUUGUUUGUCUUUAUCAAGCACACCAUUGGUGUCAAGAUUUCUUGCAGGUAGUGUUCGAGGAGAUAAAGAAGGGGAUAUUGACUACAGUAGCGUACUACUUGGCAUGUUGGUGAUGCAGGAUGUGCAGCUUGGUUUAUUUAUAGCUGUCAUGCCUACACUUAUUCAAGCAGGAGCGAGCACAUAUUCCAGCAUUUUCAAGGAAAUACUGAGAAUACUGAUACUGAUUGGCCAAAUUCUCUUUUCUCUGGCUGCUGUUUUUCUUAUAUGUCUUGUUAUAAAGACUUAUCUCAUAGGACCGUAUUAUCGCAAGUUGCAUGCAGAAAGCAAAGGGAAUAAAGAAAUCCUCAUUCUAGGAAUAACUGCAUUCAUCUUCCUUAUGUUAACGCCCUCUGAAAAACUAUUCUGCUGGAGAACAGAAUGUGACAAUUGCUGAUAAUGUGGCUUUGAAGCUCAUCCUGGAAGUGCAGUUUGUUAUGUCCUCUAAGGAGUUCUGACAAAAAUUAUCCCCAAAAGUGCCUGUGCGUGUGCCUUUUUUUUCUAGGGCUAUUUGCUGAAUUAUUACAGGUCCAAUAGAGAAAGCUGACUUCCUGCAGGAAGAAGGUCAAGAAAGAAGUUAGCAAGAGCAUAGCUUUACAAUUUGUUGAUUUCUAUUAUAUAGGUUAAAAAUGCCAUACCUCUAAACAGCUAUUCAUAUUCCAAACAGGAGUGCCAUCUCAUAAGGAAAGGAACAAAACUACUUUCUCCUUUUUACUUUCUAACAAGCAGACAUAACAUUUGUAGAACAAUUUCAAUUAAAAACAACCACAACCAAACCACAAAAGUUGCAUAAAAUCUUACAGUAUCUAGAAGCAGUUCUCCUUUCAUUAAAAUAUGGCCCACACAGACUGAUCUGAUUGAAUUGGGCAUAUUGUGCCCAAAUCAUGUAUCAAAUGUACAAGGAGUUUGUCUAUGUGACUUCACAGGAUAUAUAUGUGUACACAAACCUGAGGGAGAGUAUGUUUGAGUGUGUCGGAUUUGUACUGCAAAACCAGAAAGCUUCUUCUGUAUGGGAAGCAUUUGUGAAGGAGCAAGUAUUUUGUGUACUUUAAGUGGAAAAAAAAAAUAUCUUUUUAAAGUUGACAAAUAAUGUAUCCAAAGUAACAGUACAAAGGAUACUGCAUGUCAUCUUAGUAAGCCAGUUGAGAUGCUUGAUAUUCACUGACACCGAUACAUUAAUUAUAGUCAUGCUACAAGUUGUUGUUAAAACACAGGCUAAAAAAUCAAUAAUGAAAAACAGAACAAAAAAGGUAUUUGAUUGUCCACUUGAAUGGCUCAACAAACCUUCUGGAAAACAAAUCUGAAUUGAUACAGAUGCCCUACUAUGUCAGAAAUAAAAAUAUGGGAUGGGGGAUGACAAUCUAAUUAGAAAAAUACUGCAUGUACUCAGAAAGGAUAAAUUAAGGAGUUUGGGUGUCAGGUAGGAAAACAAUUAAACUGUCAUGAUUCCUGCAAAGAUCUUUCUCCUUGGAAAACCAAGCCUAAAUAUUGACGGAGUUUGUAUAAUGAUCUGUAAAUGCAGAAUUUUCUAUACUAAUGUAAUUCUAUAAAAACCUUUUGAAUUUGUAGAAGCAGGAAUCAGAGAGUGCAUAUUUUAGUGGCCUUAACCAAAGAUGACUCUCUGGCUCCAUUUAGAAAACAUUUUUAAACAAAAUGUUUUCAGCUCUCUGUGUAGUAUGAGAGUUGUUCUGCAGGCCAUAUCCUUUCCAAUACAUGGCAAAGGAGGUGGGAAUGAUAUGGUGUUCCUGCUCCAUGUAUACGGUUACUUGGUACGUGCUUCAGUGUUGACUGAAUUUCUGGGGUCCACCUAAGUUUAUCCUGUGUUGGGGGUUCAUUUUUAACACUAGCACAUGUCAUGCACAUUAUAUAUAGACUUAAUUCACGCUACUUGUUUCCCGUGUUUGAACAUCUCACAUGACUAAUGAAACAAGAAUUGCCAUUUCUCUACCAAUAAGGGCAAAUUCUAUAUGAGAAAACAAGAGGGAAGAUAGGACAGAAGAGAUUCUUCUAUCGUAGUGUGGGUAAGCAAUUUUGAUGUAAGGAUUAUCCUGUCAGGUGAGGAACUUUAUGUAUGGAAGUGACUUUUGAGCAUUUCUGAAAUGCUUGGCUCACUUGGAUACCAUUGCAAAUUAUUAAAUCUGAAACAGGAUCUUAAAUACACCUCUUCUUGAUAAACUAUCUUAAGAGUAAAAGAGAUGCAACAAAUCUCAAAUAUGAGAUAAUGUACUGAGAUUUGGAGCUGAAGAGCUCUUUAUGAUAGUCUCAGAAGUAACUGAAAUUCCCUCUCCCUUUUUCCCCUCAACUAGUUAUGCAGAUCAGGGCAGGGAUUGCGUCAAGUGCCAAUCCUAUCAAAGCCUAGCUGACUUUGAGACGCAGUUGUGCAUCUUUCAGUCAUGUACCUUGUCAUCAGUAACAAAGGUUCAGUAGAUCAUUAUUGUGCUUUCCACAACUCCUUUUCAAGCUUUGAGUUAUGCAGAAAUUGGUUUUGUCUUGUGUGGGUGUGGUUUGGUUUUGUUUUGGUUGUUUUUUAGAGUGGGAAACUAUUUUCCUGAAUCUGAACAUAAAGAGCAGAAUAGCUUAUGGUUUUAACAGUUUGUCCAUCAAUACUAAACAGUCACAUUUACUUUUAGGUCAAGAUAUGCAACACAGUGAGCUCAUGUUAGAAGUCAGCCACAGUGUUCGCUGGUGUAGUGUUGCUUUUUUUUCAUGUUCUGUAUGUACAGAAACAAGGAAAAUGGUUUUAAAUGCUAUCCUGAUAAUGAAUUGCUGCAUUAGGUCUCUGCAGGACAGUGCUCAGGUUUUUUGUUUUAAAACCAAGCUCCUGAAUGUUACUAAGGAAUUGGAAAAAAAAUAAAACCAGACCUGACAAGAAAGGUAACAGUCACAUCUACGUGUUUAUAGGACUGUGCAUCCAUAUGCGGGGGGGCAAAGUGGCUUCCAGUUCGACUGUGUUAUGGUUGACCUGGAGUGAUUGCAGCAAACGGAGGGAAAUUGUGAGCUUGCUUUACAUACCAAAAAGACAAAAAGAAAAUAUAACUAUAUGAUUGCAGUACUUUAUAUAUGAAAAUGUACACACUUUUCCCUGCAAUGUAUUAGGAACGUCAUUCCUUGUUUGCUUAGAGUGCUUUUCAAUGGCUCCUAACCUGCCUAGGAACUCUUUUCUGUCAAUUAAAUGGAGAAAAUUAAAGAAGAACUGUAAUCUCAAAUAUUCUGGUUAACUAUUUAAUAAAAUAUGGUUGGGAUGCUGUUUUUACCAGGCUCACUAAAAAUUGUUUCCAUUUCUGUUAAGGCUUCACUUAAAAUGCAAGCUUAGAAUUCACCUCUUUACUCUUGGGCAGAUUUAAGUUAUUAAAGCUUGGAAUUCUAAUACAUUUAUUUUCAUCAGAGAUGUCUUUAAUUUUACUGGCUUACCCCACUCAUUAAGCUUUUAUGAUGAUUAAAGAGUAGCAAUAAGAUGCACAUUAUUAGAGAAUAUAGGCAAGACAACUGCUGAACAAAUGGUUGAAGUUCAUCUGGAACAUGCUAUAGCAGUAAUGUUUAUUUUAUUUAUUGCUAUGGUAGAACAUUUGAACAUAAAUACCCAAUAUUGUAGAGAAAGCAAAGAAAUCCUCUUAAUUAGAAUAAAAUGGGAUCUUUGAAAACAGCGGAAAACUAAAUUGUACUGGGAAAACCAUGUAAAUUGACAGAACUUUUCAUCUAAUUUUGACCGAAAAAGCUUUCUGUAACGUAGGAAUUGAGAAAAAGACAGUGCAGAGCCCAGGGAUUAUUGUUACAGCCCUGUUCACUAAAGCCAAAACAUUAGAAAUGAUACAAGCAGACGGGGGAUACUAAAUGCAAAAUACUUUCCAAAUUUUGCUUAUGUAAGAAAUUUUGCUGAGAAUGCCUUCCUGCCAGUAAAACAAACCCUCUCCAGUGUAUGUGUGUGUGCAAGCACACGUUAAAUCUGUAUCAUCAGGGUUUAUUAUAUAUAAUUGAGGGAAAUGUAUCCACUUAUUGGUAAUGUUACUGGACAACCAGAGACCAGAAUGGGAAUAGUACAAGAAGUCUCUGGAUUAAUCUAGGUGUAAGACAAAAGAACAGACUGGAGAAGGGAUGGGGUCAAGAAAAUAACCUAAUUUUUUGUUAUUUUCUUGCCCUCUCAUCCACUUCACACUUUCUGUGUGUAGAGUGACCUAUAGAUUUUGAUGACCUGAAGUUACGUAGUACCUAAAGAACAGACAAGCACAAUUUGCCUCAAGUCUUUACCUCAUACUCAGCUUGUUUUUAUGUGGUGGGAGCAAACCCAGACAGAUAUACAGUUUGCUUCAGACAUGUCUGAUGCUUUCUGAACAAGCACGUUUCUUACUUAAAUUGCUCCAUGCCUGAAUAGCCAUUCUCAUAACAGCACAGUGUUGUGCAAUUCUGAUACACAGGAUGCUAAAUCCCUUCUUACAAGGUAACCUAACUGUGUAUGUGGGAAUACCUAAAAUAUUAGCUAUAAAAGUUUUGAUCUGGAGCCCUGUUACAGCUGAAAACACUUAAGUGGGGGGAUUAUAGCUGAAUAGUAAAAAUAAUUCCAACUAUUUGAAGAUACUAUAUUGGAUCUUAAUCAUACUCAAGAAGUCGUGACUUUUACAGCUAAUGUGUGAUUGAAAAGAACUUAAAUUUUUCCUGUUCAUUACUGUUUUCCUUCUUCAUCUUUUGGUGACUUUUAAAACCUUUCAUAUAUAUAUAUUUCCCUCUUCCCUCUUAUAAUUUCAAACUGUGGCGAAAAGCACUGAAAUUCCUUUUAUUUUAAAAUGAGAGUAACAUUAUAAUGUUAUUUUGUUGGUUUUGCUUGUUCAGCAACUAUUUGUAUUAGUUGACAGAACCAAUUCAUUUUCCUAGAUGUCUUGCAAUAAAUUACAAACUGUUAGCACAAAUAAAGUUAUGUGACAAG